CCUGCUGUAACGGGUCUCUCCCCGCCCAGGCUGACGGCCUUCGUCCUCAAGUCCUUUGGCCAGGCCAGACCCUACAUCUCCAUCGAUGAGAAGCAUGUAAACCGCAGCCUGCGGUGGCUGCAGCGUCACCAGCUGGAGAGCGGCUGCUUCCGCCGUGUGGGGGAGCCGUUGAGGAACAUCCUGCAGGGCAACAUCAUGGAUGAAAUCUCUCUCUCGGCUUACGUCACGGCAGCGCUGCUGGAGCUGGGGCAGCCGCUCACGGACCCCACGGUGACCAGGGCCCUCCAGUGCCUCCAGGAGUCCUCGCGCACCAGUGACCUCUACACGCGGGCGCUGCUGGCCUACGCCUUCGGGCUGGCGGGGCGCACGGAGCUGCGGGACGCCCUUCUGCAGAGCCUGGCCCAGCACAGCGUCAGCGCCGGUACCGCAGCGCCUCGCUCCAGUGCCCUCCCCCCGGCGACCUCCAGACACAGGGCAGGGCUGCCCCCCACGGCCCUGCCCACCCACUGCCCCCUGCCCUGGUGAUGGCUCUUCCCUCGGCCCUUCAGCUAGGCCCUGCUCCCCUCCUGCCCCCUGCCCGAGGACCCCGCACUCCGGCGCCCAGUGUCCCCCUCUACCAGAGGUGAUCCCGAGCACAAGCAGGCUGGGCAAUUGCAUCCCAUGGGGUCUCCACUUUGAUCUUCCCCCACCAGCCGCUCAUCUAAUGCAUGUGGCCUGUUCCCUGGGGGUGGGGCUGGGAUGGAUUUUGGGUUGUGGAUAGAAUACAGCGAAUAUUUCUAAUGGGCUGGGGGGGGGAUAUACCUGCUUAUGGCAGUCGGUGAAGCACAGGGCUGGGCUUUAGUCUAGGGAACAGCAGCUCCAGGGUUUUGAGCCGGGGACCCUAACAAUGACCAGCCCAGUGGCCUCCUGUUCUCCCUGUGUAGCCCUCCAGUGCCCUGGGAACCAGCUGCUGUGUCCUGCCCCAGAGGUGGCUGCAUUCGGUGGGGGGCAGGAAUCCCUCUGGCCAGGGAAGACCCACGGUCCCUUUGCCAAGCAAACAGGUGAC